CUGCUUUAAAAGCUAGUGUGUCUAUUGUGUUUAGACUUCGGCCAUCAAUCCACCGCGAAAUAGCUGCCUUCCGCCAAGCGAUAGUUAGCAGCGAUUCGUCAACUCGUAGCGAGCGUAUAAACGCUGCCAAUCAGCUUUUACCGCGUUCGAUAAGCUGCUCUAAGCUCCGAUUUCAAGCCCUCAAAAACAAGCUAAGCGAAACCAAUCGCCUCGUAAGCGCGUAAGCGUCGCGAAAACAAUCGGAAGCGACCAAUCAUGUUCUUCGGCAGCCACCUGGAAGUAGAAGCGGAAGAAGACGCCGGCGAGGCCUGGGAGCGGCCGGAGCCGGCGCGGCCCCCGACGCCGCCGACGCCAAAAGCCCCAGAGCCGGCACCAGCACCAGCACCGAAGCCGAAACCAAAACCAAUGGAGCCGAGCCGCGUACGUCUCGCUGGAAUAGUGGAACAGAUCAGGGUCGAGGUUGCUGAUGAUACUUGUAUUGGUAAAAGAGAAACCAUAACAUUACCCGACGGACGAGCCGUCGCGUUUCAAGUACCAAGCAACCUGAAGAAAGGCGACGUCUUUGAUGUGGACGUGAAGCGCGUGACUUAUGACGAGAAGAACCCCGCGCCGAUUCACAAGAGAACAACCAUGACCCGAGACGAGCUCGCGGAGUUUUUUAGGGACGGCAUCGCCAUGAUGCGGUCGGACGAGACGCGGCGAGCGCUGCGGGACCGGAACGCGAAGGAGCGGCCCGGGGCGCAGUUGGUCGAGCGGCAACAACUGAAAUUUGAUGCGAUGAACAUUGAUAGAAAAGCAGGGUGUAAAUUGGCCGGUACUUGUCGCAGCGACUACGCCGACGACGAGGAGUUGAAAGGACUGCAUGAGGAGUUCAUGGCCACGGCCCAGCAGGAGUUCAUCGACGCGCUUGAGUCCCUGAAGCCAUCGAAGCUCAAAAGGAGUGGUGUCUUCCCCAAGAAGAGUAUACUGGAGUUCUUCGACGCGUGCAAUACGAAGAUGCAGUUACCUAGUACAAGAGAGUUACUCGCGGAGCAGUUCAAACGCACAAAACAGCCUCCCAACGAAUUGAUCAUCAAGCUCCAGAAAGAUAUGCUCGAGACGCUGGGCUUCGAGCGGGAGUGGGCCUGCGGCAAGCUCAAUCGAAUUGGGCAAGAUUUUGGCGAAGACCGGGAACUAGUGCAAGGCAUGCAGGCCUGGGCGGCCAUGGCCCAGCAGGCUUGUAGGAGAGCUCAAGCCGACGGCGACCCUUCCUUGCGGCCCGAUUCCAAGGAGAUGCGGCAGAUCGUCGAAUUACAAGCGAAAGCGAGGCAGGAGCUGGCGACCCUGUCGUCGAGCGACAAGGCCGCGUUCCUGAAGAAGCUCGGCAAAAAGGUCGAGGUGUUUAAUAGAUUGAGCGCGCCGGACCGCGUGCGCUACGUCAUGAAGCUGAGCGAGGAGGAGCGGCGGGACUUCGUCAAGGCCCAGGUGCUCAUGAUGGAGCAGGGGUUCGCCCAGUAAGUACUAGUAGGAU